AUGGUGGCACUAAAACCGACACCGAUUCAGUGCAACGAGUUGCCCGCGUCCGGCGGAGCUUCUCAAAUCGCGGAGUUUUUCGAAGGAAAAUGUAUCUUUGUUACCGGAGCAACGGGAUUCAUUGGGAAACUAUUGGUCGAAAAACUAUUGAGAUCGUGUCCGGGAAUAAAGAAGAUUUACUUGUUGGUCAGGGAAAAGAAAGGUCAGCACGUUCAAGAAAGGGUCGAUCAUGUGCUGCAAAGCAAGGCCUUCGAUUACAUCCGGGAGAAGAAUCCACAGAAUUUAGAUAAAGUCGUGGCGGUGGCCGGAGACCUGACGUUACCCAACCUCGGGAUUUCGUUUGAAGACGAGCAGAGUUUAAUCCGGGACGUGUCCGUUGUGUUUCACUCAGCAGCUACAGUGAAAUUUGACGAGCCGCUAAAGAACGCCAUAAACAUGAAUGUCACCGGAACUCUAUCAGUGGUGAAUCUGAGCAAGAAAUUCCACGAUUUGAAGGCUUUCGUGCAUGUAUCGACAGCUUAUUGCAACUGCGAUCGGAAAGUGAUCGAAGAAAAGAUUUAUCCAACGGAACACGACCCAGAGAAAGUCGUUGAAAUGAACUCCUGGCUGGCAGAUGACGCCAUGAACAACUUGUCCGAAAGUUUGCGUGGAAAGAAGCCGAACACAUACACAUACACGAAAGCAUUGACGGAAGCGCUGCUCGGGAAAGUCGGCGCCGGGAUGCCGAUUGCCAUAUUCAGACCCACGAUCGUCGCCAACGCGUACAACGAGCCGUACCCAGCUUGGGUGGAUUCAGCCAACGGAUGUGGCGGGCUUAUGGUUGCAGUGGCGAAUGGUGUUUGGCGCUAUUCUAACACGGUUCCAGGCGCUAUCGCCGAUAUUGUUCCCGCAGAUUUCUGCAUCAACGCCAUGAUUUCGCUUGCUUGGAAUUUAGCCAACUCGACUAGAACACAAGAAAUCGGCGUGUACAAUUUUUCUUGCGGAAAGAAGGCGCUUUCGUGGGAAAAGGCCAUGGGCCUCGUGUGCACUAGUGCUCGUUCUGACUCCUGCUUCGAGACAACGCUGUGGUACCCAAGUCAUUCACAGUACACGGACUCAAGAAUAUUCAAACUGCGAACACUCCUGGGCGAAGCUCUUCCCGCGUACGUCAUUGACGUGUUUCUGAAAGUUCUGGGAAAACGACCGAUGGCCAAGCGACUGUACGAAAAAAUACAACGAAAUGCGGCAGAACUGCAAUAUUUCAUGAACGGAACCUGGGAAUUCAAGACCAUGAACGUUAAAGAACUUUGGCAUAAACUCAACCGAGAGGACAAGAAGACUUUCGGUUUUGACAUCGAAGAUUUGGACGUUGAGAAGUUUGUAUACUCCGGUUUGUUUGGGGUGCGCACGUAUUACCUCAAGAAUGACCCGAAAACAGUCGCUUCGAGUCACAAGAGGAUUCAA